CAUGACUUUAUUACAAUGUUAAAUUGAUAUAGACCAAGGAAUGAACCUACCCUACAAAAUUAAUAGGAAGUAGGAGGGACCCCUUAAAUAAUCACCUAGGGCGUUAAUUCCGCCACCCCAACAAAACCAAUUUGUCUAUCAAUUAAAAUUGGUGAAAAAAAUACUAUUGUCAAUGAGGGAUCCUUUUAUCUGUCCAACGGUUAAGUGUCGGAGUUUAAUAAACUGUUUAAUUAAGAGAGCGUUAGCGACGCUGGGUUAGGUUAGGGCGCAGUGCGAGUUGCGCGCGCGUCCCGGCACCAUGCUGGUGUUAGCGCUCCUCCUGGCGGCGUGUGCGCAAGCCCACGCGCGGAACUUCAACAUCACCUACCUCGACGUGCCCCCCAUUGUAAGCCCCGGGACAAUGGAAGUCGUACUCGAAUGCCGAUACGACGGCAACUUCACCAUCCUCAGCUGGUUCAAAGGUGCCCACGAGUUCUUCAGAUAUCGUCCCGGAGCAGCCCCCAGCACUCGCUCCUUCCCCAUCCUCGGCGUGGGGACAGUGGAGAUGUUGAUGUGUGGUCCUGUAGCCUGCCAGCUGAAGCUAGGAGCGCUGACUGAGGACGCUACCGGUGUCUACAGGUGUGACAUAGAACGAGACGUGCCUCCGUACAAGUUCGCGACCAGAACUGCAUACAUGGAUGUUACCGGCCAUGAGCACCGGAAGCCACUGAUCGAAGGUCUAGCCAAAGAAUACAAAGAAGGAGAAAUGAUACAAGCGUACUGCAAAGGAGGUCCCGAUUCUGAACUCCGUUGGUACGUGAACGGUUAUGAACUGGACAAGUUGAGGGGUUCGCCGCAUUUUAAGCUGGAAAGCGGUCGUCAUCUGUUUAUUGGUAUUCCUCCGAGGGUGACGAUCCAAUGUGCAGAGUUUCGGUACGGGACGAUCUACAGCUCGAGGGAAACGAAUGCUCUCUGGAACGAAGUUGAACAGAUGCGCAGGGAGCCUCCGAAAGUCGAAAGUGCUUCUAACGUAAUCACAGGCCGCUUGGGUUUGCUCAGCAUAUUUUUAUGUUUGUUAGAUAUCAUUAUGCAUAUUUAUCUGUAACGUUGACGACUAUGUUCCUCUAUUUUUAUAAGUUUAUUCCAGUGCAAAUAUUGAUUGAUUACCUAUUAUUUUCCAUGUGCAUGGGUUAAAUAAAUAGAUAAAAUAUUGUUA